UCCGACUUGCGCGCUGUGUCACGGGCGCUCGUGUGCCGCAUGCCCUAAAAACCAUCUUCAUAAACACCUUUACAAUUCCCUAGUGCUACCUGUAACAGUGUGUGUACAAAUAUCUGGAUUCAAUUCAUCGCAAUCUCGCAAUAAGAGUGGAGUAAUGGCCGCGAUGUCAGGCGCCCCGCUACUCCUUGCCAAUGCUACUCUCACCAGCAAGCUGCAAGACGAUGACCACAGACACGCAGAACCUAUGAAAAAGAACAGAGAUUAUGAAUGGCAAGUGGUAUGGAGAAACGUGUUCGCAUUCGUAUACUUGCAUGCCGCAGCCUUGUACGGAUUCUACUUGAUGUUCACCGGGAAAGUUAGAGGAUGGACCAUUUUAUUCGGUUUAGUAUUCGCGGUAAUGGCAGGUAUGGGCGUGACGGCUGGUGCACACAGGCUAUGGGCACAUCGCUCAUACAAGGCGCGCUGGCCGCUUCGGCUAUUCCUAGCUUUAAUGCAGACAAUGGCCUUUCAGAAUCACAUAUACGAAUGGGUCCGAGAUCACAGAGUUCACCACAAAUUCACCGAGACGGACGCAGACCCUCACAAUGCGAGACGAGGCUUCUUUUUCUCCCACAUCGGCUGGCUGAUGGUGCGCAAACACAAGGACGUGUUCGAAAAGGGUGCCACCGUCGACAUGUCAGACUUGGAGAAAGAUUCGAUCGUUAUGUUCCAAAAGAAAACAUAUAUGGUGUUGAUGCCACUCCUUUGCUUCGUGAUCCCAGCCUGGAUCCCAUGCUACUUCUGGGGUGAGAACCCAUGGUACUCCUGGUAUGUGGCCUCCAUAACCAGAUACACCGUGGCCUUGCAUUUCACCUGGCUCGUUAACUCAGCAGCCCACAUCUGGGGCAACAGGCCCUACGAUAAAAACAUAGGCGCUACUGACAAUAAGGCGGUCGCCAUCUGUGCGUUCGGAGAAGGCUGGCACAAUUAUCACCACGUCUUCCCCUGGGACUACAAAGCAGCUGAACUCGGAAAUUAUAGCACAAACCUAUCUACUGCUCUCAUUGACUUCGCAGCUAAACACGGUUUAGCAUAUGACUUGAAAACAGUGUCAGCCGAAAUGAUCCGACAGAGGGUAAACAGGACGGGUGAUGGUUCUCAUCCGUGGACCAAGGACAGCCAAGAAGAUGGACAUUAUCAUCCUGAGAACCCAGUGUGGGGCUGGGAAGACACGGAUAUGACCGAGGAAGAGAAACAAUUCGCUGAAAUCGUCCACAGAAAAAAUGAAUAGGUUCCUCGUGUUGCGGAAUUUGUUUUAAUUUUUCUUCUAUACGAAAUGAAAGUCCCUACAAAGGUGACUGACUGUUGUAUUUUGUGUAUUUGUGAGCAUUUUAUGUGUAAAAAAUAUUCUUAAUCCUCCUUAGUUAAGUUAGGUACAAAUCAUUGUUUCCGUCAUGCUCUAGUUUUGAUAUAAAAUUCGCUCAAUUAUUUUAGAUAAUAUAGUGUGUUGGUUAAUUAAUAUUAUGAUGGAAGAAUAAAAUAAAUUUCGAUGUUGUAAAUAACAAAUUGUGGAUGUAAUAUUCAUAUAUACCUACUUUUAGAGAUCUGUUCUGAAGUGAUGAUGCAACACUCAGCAGAAUGAUUCUGUUAGGGAAUAUAAAAUAAAUAGAUUAACUGGAUUCAUCCGAUCGUCGAUCGUCUUGUGUGGGGCCAAGUUAGAUGAACUUAAUACACAAGAGAACAGAUGUAGUUAUAACAUAAGUGACUGAAUCAGCUUAUGUAUCUAAUACUACGUUAGUAGUAUAUAUCGUAUAUUUGUAUGUGAUAUUGUUCUGAUGGUGACUGUUAAAGAUAUUUAUUAUUAAAUUUAAAUUUUACUAAGAGCCUUUGUAGCGUCACGUUUGAAGGGAGCGUAGAAAAUUUUCCGUAACUUUCGAAAAUGAUGCUUAUUUGUAGAUGUAUAAGGCCCUUAGUGAAACCUGACACAAAGUUGAUGUAAGUUUUUAAUUUAUUUAGCAGCGUAACUUCGGUUGGGGUCUGCUUGGAAUAAUGUUUAUAUCGGCCACACUGAGAGAUCAUGCUUUAUGACAUAGUAAGUGUGCGAGUGCAGGUACUAGUAUAACAUUUUUUGUAAAUUAAAUCUUUAUAUUUUAAUAAAUAGUGAAUCGUUU